AUUUGCUUCUGCCUUCCAACACUAUUCCUCUCUCGUUCCCGAGUCCUCUCCCCGGAGGAAAUUACCUCCGGUUGUUUUUUCUGAUUUAGGGUUUCUAAUUCAUCAUCUCUCCCGAAUUUUGACCCUCCAAUUCUUCAUUUUGGUUCUAAUCUAGAUCUUCCAUUCAACCCCAGAGUCUCAGUUUCACUGAUUUCAAUUCCAAUGGGAUAUCUGGCUUUGUAGGCUUUCUCUUAUUAGCACAGUUAAUCCGCGAAGAAGAAAUUCUCCAAAUCUUUAUCUUUUUAUUCAAUAUUGCGGUUAUGGCGAUCCGAUUCACCGUUUCUUACUCCGGCUACGUGGCCCAAAACCUGGCCUCGUCCGCCGCCGGAAAAACCAAUACAUGCCGGAUUUUUCACGAGGUUUUUUCUCGCCCUCGUAUGUUCCAGAAGCCCGAUCGAGAUGUCUCUACCGGAUAUCGUCCAGCGGCAACGGCGGCGACAAGAAAUUCGGUUUCGGCGUAUGCGACGCUCGCGAGUGAAUUUCUAGGCGUUGAGAGUUCUAACAAACCUUCCCCGCUUGUUGUUGGAUUGAUCUCGCUGGUGAAGUCAGCUGCUACCGGUGGUUGUUCUGGGGGUGGUUCGGGAGUAUUUGGGAUUUCGCCGUUGAAGGCGUCUUCCAUUAUUCCGUUUCUACAAGGAUCGAAGUGGCUCCCUUGUAACGAGAUUAACAGUUCGGAGGUGGAUAAAGGGGGUACUAAAACGAAAAAUAACAAUCAAAGUUCCAGUGAUUGCUUGAAAAGUUGUGAUGUUGUUGGUGGGAAGGCAAUGAUUGUUGAGAGGAACAAUUGGCUUUCAAAAUUGUUGAAUGUUUGUUCCGAUGAUGCUAAGGCUGCCUUUACAGCUUUGAGUGUGAGUAUCUUAUUCAGAUCGCAGUUGGCAGAGCCGAGGUCGAUCCCUUCACAGUCAAUGAGYCCUACCCUUGAUGUCGGUGAUCGCAUUCUGGCAGAAAAGGUUUCAUACAUCUUUCGGAACCCAGAAGUUUCAGAUAUAGUGAUAUUCAAGGCACCUCCCAUUCUCCAGGAAAUUGGUUACAGUUCUGGGGACGUAUUUAUAAAAAGAAUAGUAGCAAAGGCUGGAGAUUGUGUUGAGGUACGAGAAGGUGAACUGUUGGUGAAUGGUGUUGUCCAAGAUGAGGAAUUCAUCUUAGAGCCAUUAGCUUAUGAAAUGGAACCUAUGCUUGUGCCAGAAGGGUAUGUGUUUGUGAUGGGCGACAACCGUAACAACAGUUUUGACUCGCACAACUGGGGCCCCCUUCCCGUAGAAAACAUUGUGGGUAGGUCUGUGCUGCGAUAUUGGCCACCGACCAAAAUCUCGGACACUAUAUAUGAAGCGAAAAGAGGUGUUGCAGUGCAGUCGUGACCCUCUAUUUACCCCGAUCUGUGCAGAGGGUAAAUCUUGAAUGGCUCCUUUUUCUGACAAAUUGGUUUUUGUCCCUCUCUUUUGCUUUGGUUUCUUUUUUGGCUCAUAAUAUGUGUGAGCAUUGUGAAUACUACUUUUGGUUGUUUGAUUGUGUCUUUCUUUGUAUUGGGAUGGGGAAACCCUCCAUGUUCACAAGUGUGUGUUGUUUAGGAUUCAUUUGUGUUGCAAAAGAAUGUAAUUUCAUUCAUGAAGGUAACCUUAAUAUGUUGGUGGAAUGUUUAUUUGGUCUUAAGAUUUAAAUUUC